CUUAUGGGCAGUACUGGGCAGCUUCCACUAAAAAAGAGUAUGUUGCACUAUAAUGCGGGCAAAUGCACGAGCAUGCCCGCUCUGCUCAGUGAUGCUUAUGAAUGCAAAUCAAAAAUUGGUCGAAAAGGUGGUAAACAGUAUCUAGAUUUGGCGUCCGGGUGUUUAGCAAGUGUGCGCAAAGUAACCCACGAGCUGUUACAUGCGGUUGGUUUUCACCAUGAACAUUCGCGACCUGACCGAGAUGAUUAUGUGGAGGUCAUAGGCACGCUGGGCGGCUUGCGUGCUCCUGGUGGAGGUGCAAUGGGCUAA